AUGUUGGGUCUCAAAGCACGCAUGGCCAUCAUCGACAAUUCGGGCGGACUCAUCGCUGAGUGUGUCAAUGUCCUACGAAACAAGACAACACAAGGUCUUGGUCGAGUUGGCGACGAGAUUGUCGUCGUCGUUCAGAAGGCACGUCCGAUCUCCAAUGCACCUGGCCAGGCAAGCACACAAAAGGUACGAAGAGGCGACGUGCGACACGCCGUGAUUGUGCGCACCAAGAAGGAGAUGACAAGACCUGACGGGCGCGUCAUCCGAUUCGACGACAAUGCCUGUGUCCUCCUUAACAACAAGAAGGAGCCACUAGGAACCCGAGUCAACGGCGUUGUCGCCAACGAGCUGCGUGCGGCAGGAUGGGGCAAGAUUGCAAGUUUGGCACCCAAGGUCAUCUGA